UUCUCCCUAUAUCUUAGCUCCUGGGUGAUGAAGGGCACAAGCAGCACCUAUACACUAACGGCUCUUUUAAGAGCCACAUCUUCUUUGUCUUUGGCUUUCAGCUACAUACACCCCAAAGGCUCUUUUAAGAGCCACAACACAGAGCGUCUUUGGCUUUCAGCUACUAACCCCAACACAGAGCGUCUUUGGCUUUACCAUCUAGCAGUUAUGUCCUCCAAAAAGAGACACCAGUACAGUAGCUGGAUGACAUCCAAAGACCGUAAAAGGCAAUAUGACAAAGUCUGGGCAAAAGUGUCUAGGGCACGAAAGAUUGCAGCCACCAGAGAAAGCAACACCUUGUUUGAGGUGGGCAGUACUGCUGGAAGUGAGGGCUUUAGCCUCAACCAGCCCAUUGAGGAGGAGGACAUCAACAUGGUGUCUGACACAGCCCUGACAAGUUCUGAAAGCGAAGAAGAUAUGACACCCAUGCUUAAGGAAGAACUUUCAGAAUGGGCCAGCAUGUUUCAUGUAAAACACAAUGCCAUUGAUGCUCUCCUAACCAUCCUCAAAAGACAUGGACAUGCAGACCUCCCACAAACUGCAAGAACUCUCUUUGACAGGUCAAUAAAUAUGAAGUUAACACCAGAGAUGGUGUUGACAUAA